UCGACGGUCGCAGCAGGAAGACCCUUCACCGGGUGGUUUUGCUGUGGAUCACAUCGUUCCACGUCCUUCAGCCGUAAAAUGUACUACAAGUUCAGCGGUUUUACCCAAAAACUGACGGGAUCCCCUCCUGCGGCCGCCUACAGCCCUCAGGGGCUGAGGCCAGGUGUGCCAGCAGAGGCCCCAACCAUGGUCUUUGCCACACCCACCAAGGUGGUGUCAGAGGCCGGGGCCACGGUGGAGUACAUGGGAACAAACAGGGUUCAUGAGUUACAGAGGAUAUUCCAGAUGCCAGACAGUGUCCCCGUUCAUUUGAAGCGUGGAGUUCCUGAUAGGCUGCUGUACCGCACCACCAUGGCUCUCACCUUAGGAGGCGCUCUCUACUGUUUGGUGGCUCUUUACAUGGCAGCCCAGCCCAGGAAAAAUUAGUGAUCAACACAAACCCAGGAUCUUUCUGUGACACCUCCGACAUGUCUCUACUGUAAUCCAUCGACCCAGCAUUCACGGUCUCCAUCUGCCCUUGUCAUGCCACCUCUUGGGACUCUUAGAUGAGAAUUUAUCACUUUUAGAACACACCAAUGAUAACGAUAACAAUAUCAAUAUCUGUCUUCUUUGUAAAAAAAAAAAGCUGUCUAAGUUAAUAAAUUUUAAGGGGAAACAAA